AUGCCUAAGUUCAUUCUUAACACAAAUAUAAGCAAGGAUAAAGUUCCAGAGUCUUUCACAGGGGAGCUCACCCAGCAGUUAUCAAAAGCAAUGGGCAAACCAGCACAGUACAUUGCUGUGCACAUCAUACCGGACCAGAUGAUGUCCUUCGGGGGCUCCACUGAUCCCUGCGCACUCUGCAGCCUUUACAGCAUCGGGAAAAUAGGAGGGCAGCAGAACAAGACUUACACCAAGCUCCUGUGUGAUCUGAUCUCUAAGCACUUGCAUGUAUCUGCAGACAGGGUGUACAUCAACUACUUUGACAUGAACGCUGCCAACGUGGGCUGGAAUGGCUCCACCUUUGCGUAGAGUUCUCCCAUCUGUCCGAAGAGGCUGCUCCUGGACCUACCCUCAUCUUCCCCCUUAGCAGAGACCACUGCACAAACAGCCCUGUAUUGCGUUUUGUGCACUCUCACAGAUUGAUGGCUCCCUGCUAGUGUGUUUAAAUAUUGCUGCUUCAACA